AUGACUAUCUUGCCUCUCAGCUAUACAACUCAUGAAUAUCCUGCCUCCCCUCUCAGCUAUCCAACUCAUGAAUAUCUUGCCUCCCCUCUCAGCUAUCCAACUCAUGAAUAUCCUGUCUCCCCUCUCAGCUAUCCAACUCAUGAAUAUCCUGCCUCCACUCUCUGCUAUCCAACUCAUGAAUAUCCUGCCUCCACUCUCUGCUAUCCAACUCAUGAAUAUCCUGCCUCCACUCUCUGCUAUCCAACUCAUGAAUAUCCUGCUUCCCCUCUCAGCUAUCCAACUCAUGAAUAUCCUGCCUCCCCUCUCAGCUAUCCAACUCAUGAAUAUCCUGCCUCCCCUCUCAGCUAUCCAACUCAUGAAUAUCCUGCCUCCACUCUCUGCUAUCCAACUCAUGAAUAUCCUGCCUCCACUCUCUGCUAUCCAACUCAUGAAUAUCCUGCCUCCACUCUCUGCUAUCCAACUCAUGAAUAUCCUGCCUCCCCUCUCAGCUAUCCAACUCAUGAAUAUCCUGCCUCCCCUCUCAGCUAUCCAACUCAUGAAUAA